AUGGACCGAGGGCACAGUCCGAAACGGCGGAAGCUGGACGACAGUCGCUCUUCGACGCCUCACCCCGAUGAUCUUGGACCCUCACUCCAGCGACCGAACUUCCGCAGGCCUUUUCGACCCGGUCAAAAGAUCGCCAAUGGGCACUCGCGCUCCUCUACCCCGCGUGGCGACCGUGGCGCCUCAACACCGCAUCAGUCCGAGUUCGACGGCCCAGAACCAUUCGUUCAGGACGAAGAGGCUCAAGCCCUUGACCGGGACUGGUAUCUAGGAGACGAGUUUGGGCACACUUUUGGAGAUGAGUCGCACAACCCGUUCGGUGGCGCAGACGCCUCGUGGGGCGACAGGAUGCGCGAACAGGCUCUAGCAAACAAGAAGCUGGGCUCGCGCAUGACGGCCAAAGCUGCGCAGAAGCAGAGAGAGGUGGAUGCAUGGGAGACCAACCGCAUGCUCACAUCCGGAGUGGCGCAACGGCGAGAUGACAUGGACGACUUCGAAGACGACAAUCAAACGACGAGAGUGCAUCUACUAGUUCAUGAUCUAAAGCCACCGUUCUUGGACGGCAAGACCGUUUUCACCAAGCAGAUCGACCCCGUGCCGGCUGUGAAGGACCCGCAAAGUGACCUGGCCAUCUUCAGUCGCAAGGGAAGCAAGGUGGUUCGAGAGAAACGUCAGCAGAAGGAGCGCCAGAAGCAGGCUCAAGAAGCCACGAACGUAGCCGGCACCAAUCUGGGCAACAUCAUGGGUGUCAAGGAGGACGAUGCAGACAGUGCCGCAGCCGCUCCAGGUGAAGUCAUCAAGACCACCAGCAACAAGUUCUCUGAUCACUUUAGAAAGAACGAGGGUGGCACGAGUGCCUUCAGCAAAACCAAGACUCUCAAGCAACAGCGCGAGUAUUUGCCAGCGUUUGCGGUACGAGAAGAGUUGAUGAGGGUCAUCCGUGAUAAUCAGGUCAUCAUCGUGGUCGGCCAGACUGGAUCCGGCAAGACGACGCAGCUCACGCAAUUCUUGUAUGAAGAAGGUUAUGGAAGGCAGGGCAUGAUUGGUUGUACUCAGCCACGGAGAGUAGCGGCUAUGAGUGUCGCGAAACGUGUCAGUGAAGAGAUGGAGGUCAAGCUGGGCGGGCUCGUCGGCUACGCGAUCCGUUUCGAGGAUUGCACGAGCGACGAGACGGUCAUCAAAUAUAUGACGGAUGGCGUUCUGCUCAGAGAAUCGUUGACACAGCGAGAUCUAGACAAAUACUCAUGCAUCAUCAUGGACGAAGCCCACGAGCGCGCUCUUAACACUGAUGUGCUGAUGGGUCUCAUCAAGAAAGUCGUUGCUCGGAGACGAGACCUCAAGCUGAUUGUCACGUCAGCCACGAUGAACUCCCGACGCUUCUCAGAAUUCUAUGGCGGGGCCCCAGAAUUCAUUAUUCCUGGCCGCACCUUUCCCGUCGAUAUCCAGUACUCGCGCUCACCGUGUGAAGACUACGUCGACAGCGCCGUCAAGCAAGUCUUGGCGAUUCACGUAUCCCAAGGCGCGGGCGAUAUCUUGGUCUUCAUGACUGGCCAGGAAGAUAUCGAAGUGACGUGCGAACUCGUGGAAGAACGUCUCAAGCUCCUUGUUGAUCCACCCAAGCUGAUGGUGCUUCCUAUCUACUCCCAGAUGCCAGCAGAUCUCCAGGCCAAGAUCUUUGAUCCGGCGCCGCCAGGUGUGCGCAAGGUCAUCGUCGCCACUAAUAUCGCCGAGACCUCACUCACGGUGGAUGGCAUCAUGUAUGUGGUGGACACAGGCUUCUCCAAGCUCAAAGUCUACAACCCCAAAAUGGGCAUGGACACUCUCCAAAUUACACCUGUGUCGCAAGCCAACGCCGGUCAGCGUGCGGGUCGUGCCGGCCGCACUGGGCCAGGCAAGGCGUUCCACCUGUACACGGAGCUCGCAUACAAGAACGACCUCUAUGUACAAACAAUACCUGAGAUUCAGCGCACCAAUCUGUCCAACACUGUGCUGCUUCUCAAGUCGCUCGGCGUGAAAGACCUCCUGGAUUUCGACUUUAUGGACCCACCGCCGCAAGACACAAUCACGACGUCGCUCUUCGAUCUCUGGGCGCUGGGUGCCAUUGACCACGUUGGCGACCUCACGGAAAUUGGCCGCACCAUGACCUCUUUCCCCAUGGACCCAUCGCUCGCCAAGAUGCUCAUCACUAGCUGUACGGAAUAUGGCUGCUCUGAAGAGAUGCUCACCAUCGUCUCGCUGCUGAGUGUACCGAGCGUCUUCUACCGUCCCAAAGAGCGUCAGGAGGAGUCGGAUGCGGCACGUGAGAAGUUCUUCGUGCCGGAGUCCGACCAUUUGACGCUACUGCACGUGUAUACGCAGUGGCGCAGCAACGGAUAUAGCGAUGGAUGGUGUGUGCGACACUUUCUGCACCCUAAGGCUCUGCGGCGAGCGAAGGAGAUUCGGGAGCAAUUGCACGAUAUAAUGGUCAAUUCGCAGAAUAUGGAGCUAGUGAGCUGUGGCACGGACUGGGACACAAUUCGAAAGUGCAUCUGCAGUGGCUACUACCAUCAGGCGGCCAAAGUCAAGGGCAUCGGGGAGUACAUCAACCUCCGCACGAGCGUGACGGUACAGCUUCAUCCGACAUCGGCAUUGUAUGGGCUCGGAUACUUGCCGGACUACGUGAUCUAUCACGAACUGAUCCUGACGAGCAAAGAGUACAUGUCGUGCGUCACAAGUGUGGACCCUCAUUGGCUGGCCGACUUGGGGGGCGUGUUUUACAGUCUCAAGAGCAAAGAGUAUAGUGGCAAGGAGAAGCGAGUCAUCGAAGGCGAGUUCAAUCGGAGAAUGGAGAUUGAAGCGAAGAUGGCAGAAGACAAGCUCAAAGACGAGGAGAGAAGGCGGCGUGAGGAGGAAGAGGAAACGUUGCUUCUACGAGGGAAGCAGAAGUCCAGUGGCACCGCUGUCAAGAAAACGGGCAGCAAUGGUGUGGUCAGGAAACCCAUUGUGCCGAGAAGACGCAUGGGUGGUUUCUGA